AUGGAACUGAUACUGGAUGAUGUCGUUAUUAUACUGGCAAUCGCUGUUGUUGAUGUGAUCACAGACGAUGAAGUUGUCACGAAGGCUGACGUGGAGCUACUUAUAACUGUGGUACCAGGUCCGACAGAUGUACUCAAAGAUGUUGAGAUCGCGGAAGAUAUGAUUUGUGAUGUAGAUAUAAUGAUAGACGAUGAAGUCGUGGGAAUAAGGAUUGUAGAAGUGGCACUAGAAACAACCACUGAGCUUGAUAUGAAAGCAGUUGACGAUGUAGUCGGCACGAUCAACGAAGAAGUAGGAGUAGAGAUGAUAUUUGAGCUUGACGUGAAGAUAGAUGUCGAUGUCGUAGCUAUAGUACCUAUAGACGUGCCUAGUACUGUGGUACUAGGCCCGAUCGAUAUGCUUACCGAUGCGGAAGGGACCGAAGAAAUGAUGGACGACGAAGCAGACGGUAUGAUAGUCGAUUCAGUUGAUACGAUGACAGAUGACGAAAUGCUAGUCUGUGAAACCGAGAUGCUAGUCGGUGGGAGAUCGGUAGUUGUAAGAAGGGAGCUUGUUGUCCCGGUAAUCUGA